UACCCUCGUAGCUGCGCCGACGACUACCUUAGCGCUCCGCUGAACCCAUGUCUUCACAUCGUACUGCUGAGCUCUAGCUUUGGGUUUUCCCCUGCGUAUUGUUUCCAAAUCACCCGUCGACCACAUCAUGUUGCAUUGGAUAGGCCAGCCGGGUCAAGCGAAGCUCGAGGAGCUGCAGCUUGACAUUGUUGGAUUUUUAGCUAUACUGGGAGAGGGUUCGGUUCUCGCUAAUGCGCAAGUGUCCACACUAUCGAAAUGGAUCUUCCUGCCACGAUUGAUUCCAGCUCCACAAGCUCUGAUGCGGCCGACCAGGCCAGUCAAGCUUGAACCCGCCCCUGGUCAGGUGACUGGCGUAUUCUCGGGCAACCACACAGGUUCAAUUAACCACAUUGGAAACAUCGUCUGCGAUGCCAGUUUCCUCCCCGAGCACUCUGUCCGCGUCGUCUCCAUCGAACGCACUGGCCUUAACGACCUGAAGUCCAAGACCAUCGCACCGCUCACAUUCGUUCUCUUCCUCGGGUUCUUGCUCUCUGGCCUCCUACUCGCCCUCUCCAUAUACAAGAAAGAUGGCAUGUCAAUUGUCGCCACAGCUCUUCUUUCCCUCCUCUCCUCACUUAUUGGCUGGGGCAAUAAAUGGACACUAGUGCUCCCUAAGCGCAUGGACAGCUCAGGCAAAGUGCCACGGGGUGAUGUCGUGAUCCGAUACCCCAAAGGCAGCUUCCUUGUGGUCCGGUGUACGGAGGAUGUGGCAAGGCAGCUCUAUUUCGCGCCAGAGACGAUAAAGUAUCUGUUACAGCAUGGCCCCGCGUACAGGAUCCUGAGUCUGGUGGGCACAAUGAUGCUCAUGGGGGGCGUCAUUUGCCUCGCCAACUCGCAGAUUGAACUCCAGGUUGCUUGGGCAGCGUCAUAUAUGCUUCUCGGCUCCUCAUACUGGAUCGUUGCUGCGCUACCAGCAAAGCUGCAUUGGGAUUCAUCCUGCUACACCGUGCAGAACGAGUACCUUUCUGAUUCCUGCACCACCCUCAAGGGCAUGCCGAGCGCGAAUAACACAUACACAAAAGCGCUCUGGAGGACCAUCGUCGUAACAAAGAAUGUGGACUGGGUUGUAAAGAACGGCGCGGCACCGGAUACACCCGCCUGGCGACGCUGGCUAAGUGCCGCACACGAGAUGGCCAAAGGGGUGGGACUGGCUGAGAAAGAGCUGGUAGAAGGUGUGCAAACAUGGCAAGUCCCAGAAUGGGAUCCACAAAAGUUUCUGAUGGACAUGUUGAAUGAGCAGGCGCAAGAGGAUGAAAAGAGCGUUGCUGAGGGGAUUGAGGAGGUCUGAGCUGGAUUUUCUUUGGCAUUUUUAGUAUGAGCGCGCAAUCGUUAUGGCAUACCUCGGCACCUUGAAUGGACACGACUUUACGAUCUACGACUAUCACAACAUUGAUCUUGUUCUACGCUUUCUUGGUAGCGGCUUGGUAUACAACAAAAUCACAUAUCACAGCCUCUGGUCACAGGCAUAGGAAUUUUGGGCAGACUGCAAUUUGGAUUGGCAUCUUGUAAUAUUUAUUCUUGGAUG